GUACAAAGUUUUGAGUCCACUUAAUUAUAAAGAUUAUAAAAGAUGCGGAGCUCCAAUCACGUUCAAGUAUGUAAUAUGGAAAAUAAAUAAUUAAAAUUUAGUUUAAGACUUUUAAGCCUCAAAGGGCAAAUUUUUUUUUUUUAAGGAAUUUGUGCAAAGUCGAAAUCGUUAUCGUACGUUGAUGUCUUUUCUCCGGCCACCGAAACGAUGCCAUCUGUUUAGUGCGCCUUUAUAAAUCGACGACCCCUUCGUACUUUUCCGAUUCCUCUUUCUCUAUUCAUCUCUCUCAUUCUCUCCACUCUUCUCAAAAUUCGAUCUUUAGGGUUUUUAUUCCAUCCGCUUAUCGCUAAUCUCGAGCUCUAGAGGCUUUAAAGGGGUUUUGUUUGAUUCGGGAGCUCAAGAUUUGACCUUUUUAGUUGUUUCGGCCAAGAUUGUAUCGGUUUUGGAGGUUGAUAGAAGAGUAAGGUUACUUUGUUUGUGGUUGGUGGGUUUUAGUAAUGGAAGACGGCGAGCUUGAUUUCUCGAAUCAGGAAGUGUUUUCUAGUUCGGAGAUGGGUGAAUUACCACCUAGCAACUGUUCGAUGGAUAGUUUCUUUGAUGGGCUUUUGAUGGAUACUAAUGCUGCUUGUACCCACACUCACACCUGUAACCCCACGGGACCUGAGAAUACUCAUACUCAUACCUGUUUCCAUGUCCACACCAAGAUUCUCCCGGAUGAGAGCGAUGAAAAAGUUUCUACUGAUGAUACAGCUGAGUCUUGUGGGAAGAAGGGGGAAAAGAGACCUUUGGGAAACCGAGAAGCGGUUAGAAAGUAUAGAGAGAAGAAGAAGGCUAAAGCCGCUUCGUUGGAGGAUGAGGUUGCUAGGCUUAGGGCGGUGAAUCAGCAGCUGGUGAAGAGGUUGCAAAAUCAGGCUACCUUGGAAGCUGAGGUCUCGAGGCUUAAGUGUUUGCUUGUGGAUUUGAGAGGAAGAAUAGAUGGGGAGAUUGGAUCUUUUCCGUAUCAGAAACCUAUGGCUGCAAAUAUUCCUUCUUUCUCGCACAUGAUGAAUCCUUGUAAUGUACAAUGCGAUGAUGAAGUUUAUUGCCCUCAGAAUGUUUUUGGAGUGAAUAGCCAAGAAGGUGCCUCGAUCAAUGACCAAGGGUUAAGUGGUUGUGAUUUUGAUCAGCUACAAUGCAUGGCUAAUCAGAACUUAGGUGGCAAUGGGAACGGAUCAUUCAACAACGGCAAUACAUCUGUCUCGAAUAAGAGAAAAGGUGGGCAUCGUGCAUCAAGAGCAGUUUGAAGCAUCAUCAAGCUUGUACCCUCUAUUUCCACCUGCAUAGAAAUUGUAUUCCAAAUAAGUUGUAGAGUUCAGCUGCAGCAUCAGCUUCGCUCAGGUUCCUUUGUAUUCUCAUUUUUGUUUUUUGUUCUCUUGACUCUCUUUUCCUUCCAUUGUAUUUCCUUGUUGAGCUUGACAAACUAGAAGGAUGAUAUUGUUAAUACAAACUCAAAUGUUCUGUGUUCCUGCCAUUUGUUUUCAUACUUCAGUUACUUAA